AUGAUUAAAUCUGGAUCUGUUCUAAUCGCUUUUUUGGUCUGCCUGCUAACGGUCGACGCUAAUAGCUCAUUAUCAAUUACCUGCAAUGGCAAUCCACAGCAGGCAUACCGUAAGAUUGGCUUUAAGUACUACUUCAUAUGGCACACAAAGGUUUCCUGGUUUGAGGCAAUACACGUUUGCCGGCGCUUGGGCGGAGAUCUGGCCCUAAUCGAAUCGUCCGGGGAGAUGACGUCCAUUUCCGAUUUUCUACUGAGCCAGGGCUAUGACGGCACCAGUUGGCUCUGGAUAUCGGGCAACGAUCUUGUGAAUAAUCGUCGGUUUAAGUCAGUAACAAACGGAAUGCCAUUGUCCUAUACUAAUUGGUCAGGUGGACAACCCGAUAAUGCAGGUGGCAAUGAGCAUUGCGUCCAUUUGUGGUUAAGUGGAGGCACCUUCAAAAUGAACGACUGGAUUU